AUGAUUUUAUUCGGAUGUCUUGCUUAUCGUAAUAUUCAACAAACAAUACAUCUUGCUGAACAACAUGCUGAUCGUCAACUGAUGAGAAUGGUGUUGAUUCAAGUAGUGCUUGUUAUUGUGAGUAACACUCCAUUUGGUGCUGUCACUGCUUACGGUUUAAUCACAGCUGGAAUUAAUAAAGAUCUUAAUCGACAAUUGAAAGAAUAUUUCGCCGUAUGCAUUCUCAUUCUUGUUAGCUAUUCUUACUAUAUCGGUAAUUUUUACAUGUUUUUCAUUUCAUCAAGUCGAUUUCGUCAAACAGUGAAAGAUCGAUUGUUCUGGUGGACAAGAUCAAAUCAAAUCAAUCCAUCUCACACAUCAUAG